AUGGCCUGUUUUUCAGAUCUUAGUAAAGAGUGCGACAUGGAGGGUUGUAGAAAUCAUGAUUUUCUUCCUUAUAAAUGUGAAUAUUGUAAAUUGAUUUUUUGUGAAUUUCAUCGAAAUGCUGAAGAACAUCUAUGUUCGAAAUUAAAAGAUAUGGAAUUAAAUACAGUUGUGUUAUGUGAAUAUUGUGGUAUAGUUCUUCCUGAUAAAAAGGAAGACAUACAAAAUCAUUUAAUAUAUAAAUGUUUAUAUAAAAAGAAGACAAAGUCUAUAUUGAUGUGUAACAAAAGGGAUUGUAAAAAGGUUUUGAAUGGAAUUAAUAAUUAUAUUUGUAAAAAGUGCAGAAAAAGUUUUUGCUUACCACACAGGUAUAGUGAUGUACACAACUGUAUUAAGUCGGAUGAAGAAAAAAGUUUUUUCAAAAAGUAUUUUUUUUUUUUUAGCUAG